AUGGUUGCGCCAGGGGUCGACCAACCAUCCCCUGUUUGGCAACUGAAGUCACCGGCGCAUCCUGGAGUGACUCCGCAUCCUCCCAGUUUCCAACCACAACAGCCACGAUACCUGAACGGCCAGAGCCAGGCCAGCUUCGAUAACGGCCAACCCGGACUCGUGUUACGCAAGCAAAGCUACCCGUAUCCUCUCCCAACACAGAACGCCCAUAUUCAGUUGCCGGAUGAGCAACUUUCGACUCACAACAUAUAUUCAACACCGUACACGGUCAAGCAAUGCAGCCCCAAUGAGAGCUCGUCUAUAGCGGCUAGCGGGCAACGUCUCAGGCAUCAGCGCGCGUCCGUGGCUUGUGAGCGAUGCCGAGAUCGCAGGGCCAGGUGUGAUGAGCAGAAACCAUGCAAGAACUGCAAAGAGAAAAACGAAACUUGCAACUACAAAGAGCCAAUGGUUAAGCAACAGGAAAAGGUUCAGACAGAGCUUCUCGAGACGGUGGCCAACAUGAGUACGAGCUUUGCCGAUAUAAAAUCGUUGAUUUCAGGGGUCGAUUCGCGUCUUAGUACUCGUCUUACAUAUCUUGAGGAAGCGAUGAAGACUAUAGUCGCUGCUAUCCGACCCGGCGCUGCGCAACCUACGCCUUUGUCUGUGAAAACGGAACCAAGGGCAAGCUGGGAUGUUGCAUAUUAG